UUGAUCGAUUUUCUGGUUUAUACGCAACACACUACAUUGAGAACUUAACGAAUAACUUUGAAGUUGGGUUAUAAUAUGUGCAGCGAGCUCAUGAAAACAGUCUUCCAGCAGACAAAGGCAAUCCAAUAGUCGUCAUAGAUACUAUGACAUAUCACAAAUAAUUGGAUGAAGAAUUGGCGAAAGGAAAUUACAAACGACCCAACACAGAAGAUCGAGGGACAGCUAUAUCGAAAAUUGAGAAGGUGUAAAGCAGAUCAUCAGAGGUGUAUCGGGAAAGUUCGUCUCAGGAGAACUGACAGUCAUCAUGGGGCCAUCAGGAGCUGGGAAAACAUCUUUGUUGAAUAUCCUGACAGGAUACCAAGUAACGGGUACAAAUGGUACAAUCAGAUGCAACGGCUCUAGCUCAAAGCGAAAAAAAGGAGCGCUGCAGUACAAGAAGGAUUCCUGUUACAUCCUUCAGGAUGACAACCUUCCCCCUCUUUUCACCGUUCACGAAAUGAUGAUGAUGGCAUCCAAUCUGAAGAUUGCGGAUUUGUCGAAAAAGUCAAAAGAGUACUUGAUCGAAGAGAUCCUGAACAAUCUUGGACUGUCAGUUGCCAGAAAUACCAAAUGCCAGAACUUGUCCGGAGGCCAGAGGAAAAGGCUAUCGGUCGCACUGGAACUAGUCGAUAAUCCACCCAUUAUGUUCUUGGAUGAACCUACCACAGGCUUAGACAGUUCCUCAACAUCCCAAUGCGUCCAGAUGCUGAAAGAGCUCGCACGUGGCGGUCGUACCAUCAUUUGCACCAUCCAUCAACCCAGCGCGACGAUCUACGCAAUGUUCGACCACGUUUACAUGAUGGCUCAAGGAAAAUGUGUCUAUCAGGGUGCAGCUACCAACACAGUAGCGUACCUUUCUUCGCUUGGUUUCUGCUGUCCUCAGUACCACAACCCUGCUGACUACUUCCUGGAGGUAGUAAACCAGGAGUACGGGGACUACACAGACUAUCUAGCAAAGGCCGCAACUGAUGAAAAAUGGAGGGGAAACGUACCUAUAAUUAAAGUUAGUAAGGAUGUAGCAGACAUACAGAAGGAUAUAGAUGUAUACGAUAGCAGUAAUGACAAAUUAUACAAGACACCUUCAGAAUGGACCAAAUUCAAAGUUUUGCUUGGCAGGCAAGGAACGCAGCUUCACAGGGAUUGGACAAUCUCACAGUUAAAACUCUUCCUGCAUCUCUUGGUGGGAGUAUUCCUUGGAGUUUUUUACCAAAAUGCUGGUGACGACGCUUCCAAAGUUAUUAAUAAUUUGGGCUUAUGUAUGAUCGGCCUUGUGUACUUGUCCUAUACUUCAAUAAUGCCCGCUGUCCUCAAAUUUCCGUCAGAGCUAGCGAUACUGAAGAAGGAAAAGUUCAACCACUGGUAUAAAUUGAGUACCUACUAUAUAGCUUUUUUGGUCUACGAUAUACCGUUACAGAUGAUAUUUAGUGCCGCAUACUGUACAACGACAUAUUUUAUGAGCGCACAGCCUUACGAAACCUGCAGGUUUUUCAUGGUAUUGUUGAUACAAAUGUUGGUUGGCUUGGCGUCAUCUGCUUUCGGACUGGUUUUGGGCACAGUGGUGAAUCCAGUGAACGGAACCUUCUUCGGAGCAAUCACGUUGGCUGUGAUGAUAUGCCUUGGAGGAUUCCUGAUCCUCUUCACGCAUAUGUCAAAGUACACCUACUUUCUCACCUACCUAUCAUUCUUCAGCUGGGGACUUGAAGGCGUGAUGCAAGCAUUGUAUGGCUACAACAGGCCAGAACUGCCAUGCCCAGAUAACGAGGAUUACUGCCACUACACCUCGCCCAAAGUACUGCUGAGCGACAUUGGGAUGACGAAGCAGAACUACUGGUAUGACGUCAUUUGGCUCUUUGGAGUUUGUUGCGCGCUCAGGUUUAUAGCGUUCCUCACACUUAGGAGACAACUGAAAUCGGCGUAGUUUUCCUCGUAUGCCAUAUGGUUUGACUGGGAAUUUUUCGACUUGCAAAACUGGUUUUGGAUAGCUACAGACAACCAAAAAACAUGCUGGCUUUUAGAUAAUGUUUUGUUUUUUCGCUUUUUUUUCAACUACCUGUUUGCAACAGUAUUCUAAAUCCUGUUCAUCUGAUUACUUCAAGAUAUGUCUAAAAAAUUACGCUUUUAAUUUUGUUUUGUGAUAAAAUGCAUUUUUUGUGCAUUUUAUUGUGGAUUUUUUCUUCGAUCGUAACUUGUUAACAAAUAUUAGUACAGCUCCGAAAUUCUAUAUGAAUAUUCCACUUUUAUGGAUGAAUGAAACAAGUGAUUACUUUUGCUCUUAUCACUUUUUAUUUUCGGAAAAUCAUUGCUUUCCUUAAAAACUCAACUUGCUGCGAGACGAGGCUUCAAGAAAAUCAAAGGUUUUUCGAAAAGGAAAAGUGACAAGAACAAAAGUAAUCACUUGUUGCAUUCUUCCAUGAAAGGGAAAUAUUCACACACAAUUUCAGAGCUGUACUUAUAUUUGUUAACAAGUUACGAUUAAAGAAAAAAUGCACGAAAAGUGCUUUUUUUAACGAAAAAAAUGAAAACAUUUUUAGUCAUCUCUAUACACACCACCAUGAAAUUAUCAGUUGAAAAGGACUUAGAAUAUUGCUGCAAACAGUAGUGACAUAUUUCGCAGCUUCUCAAACACAUAUGUCGAAAACUAUAAAUUUUAGGGAGCACAUUUUUUUAUCCAUAAUGUCCCAAAGAACCUAAAAGCGCUUUAUCGAAGCGAAAAGACAAUUAUUGGAAUUUGCUUGAAAUAAUCGUUUCAAAAAUUUUUUACGCAAAUUUGGUUCUAUUAACAUGGAGAUCCGUUCAAAAAAAAGGAUUCAUAUUUUUUUCUAUCAGAUGUGAUGAUAUUGCCUGGACUAUACGGCAAAUUAUGACGUAUAAUUCAAACUACCACGCAUUUUUGUACUGAUGAUUUUGUGCUUUGUAACAUCCAAAAACCAUGAGUCGUAAGUUCAAUCUUGUCCAGUCAAACUGUAAUAUGAAUGGGUACAGUGCAAUGGAUUAAAAACGACAAAAGUGAAGCAAAUGUCUGAUCGGUGACAUAAAAAGUUCUCGGUGAUAGUUUAACUGAGUGAGUUUAGAUGAUAGGGUGCAGGAAUAGUCAAUUGUACAUAAGUCUGCUGAAUAUUAUUAUGAAUUGCUUGCCAAAAGUAUGCGUACUAUGAGGUAAACAUAUUGGCAAAUUGUCUUUUAUAAAGCGUCAUUCACUUCAGUAUAUAAACGGCGUUUUCCUAAUUGAAAGUCAAUACUCAAGAGGACAAUUUUUGGGCCCGCUUUAAUAGGAUAACUUCAUAUGAACGUAUGUUCGAAACGUCUUAACUUUUGAGAUACAAGGUAAUAAACUUUUCUCAAACAAAUUUAUUAUUAGGACCUUAGAUUUGGCAUACAUGUACUAUGUGUCAAGACGCACUUUUCACAGCAACACAUUUUUUUAAUUUCCACCAGCGGCGUUCAUGGCACGCCACUGAUUUCUUGAAACCCCAUCCAUUUCUGAGCAGAUUUGAACGCUUGAUUUUUUCAAUGCGAUGCACGUUUGUCCCUUAAAAAAACAAAAACCGUUUCUUUGCGUUAUCAUAACAAUAUCGUUAAUAUGAUUAUUUCUCUCGUCUUAAUCGCUACCAAUCACAAACGCCAAAUUUUUAAUUACAAAUGGUUUCUCGAAGGAAAAAUUGUACGACAGUACCUGUCAGCAGUUUUUUCGAGUUUACCCGCGGCAAAACUACACAGCUGUUGUCACCAAAAAUUGCAAUAUCUACGACGUUGAUAUUUUUUUCUGAAUUUAUUAACAGUAAAUAGUCGUGUCAAAUACCAUUCGGGCAACUAAUUUUUUCCUGUGAAAAAAAUCGAAAAAACACACUGCAAAGUAAUAUUUUUUUAACAAAAAACAGAAUAUUACUUAGCAACGUGUUUUUUCGAUUUUUUUCGGAAAAAUUAGAUGCCCUUAUGAUAUUACUUAUGACAAUAUCACCACACAGAGAAAGAGAUUUAAUUUUUUCAGAUGAAACCAGUGCGACGUACUAAAAACACUUCAGUACCACAUGGAUUUGAUUUUGAAAACUUCACUUUUCAAAAGCUUGGGACAUGCUUUCACAUAAAGUUUUUUUCUUAAAAUAGACCCAAACAUCGGCCCAUUAAAUAUUGAUAUUCAAUUAGGAAACGUCCUGUAUAUAGUUUGUUCUCUAGUUAAUUUUCGUGCAUUAAAGUUAAUGUUAAUCUUCGCAACAAAGUACCCACGUUAUUCAAAAGUACAGAGUACGCUGCUUGUCCUCAACAUAGUACAUAGUUUGACUCAAGUUUAUGUUAUAAUUUGAAAAAAAGAAAGUUUUUUAUUGGACAGUGUAUAUAGUUAUUAUUUAUUUGUUAUAGCCUAUAAGUAGUUUUAGCUCGUUUUAGUUUUUAUGGUGGACUGUCUUAACAUUAUUCACAUCACUCUUCGUUAACCCAUGAUCAAGUUUAUGUUGUUUUGGUUAGACAGAUUUUUAUCCAAAAACCAUAGUAUACUUUCCCUAAGGUUUUUGAUGCGCUGAAUCCGAAUCCGUGGCCAAAGUCUGUCAAUUAGCUUUGGUUUAUGAGAUAGCCUAACCUAAAGCUUAAAAAAUUGCGAUUUUUUUUUCUAAAAAAUCAUCUCAAAGCACUCUCAUCGUCAUUUUGAACACCGUUCAGUUUGAUAAAAUAUAUUUUCUUUUUGCUGAGAUAUGGCACUUUAAUUUUUCCAUUCUUUUUAAUUUCACUAUACCUAUACCCUAUUUUACGAGUAUCAAUCACGGUAAAAAUGACAGCUGAUUAUCUAGUAAUAUCUCAAAAUUCCUCAUACCGGCCAGGACACAUAAUUCUGACGGAUCCGUCAACGCCAGGUAGACGUGCUAAAGCACGUAACCUUUUUUUACUAUUUUGAUCACUCACUAGUAAUUUGAAUUUUUCUUUAUUGAUGGUAGAGUGCCCAUUCCUAGGCCAAAUCCUUUGAUUAACCUCCAGAUUCUGGGAUUCUGGCUAACAGCAGUUUGUGGAGUAGUACCCCCUCAUAUCGUACGUUACGUUCAGUUGUUUCGGUUUGGGUGCUACCCCGUCCAUUUUCUUAUGUGAUUUUAAUCUUCUGGGAAGGCAUUGCGGAGAAUUCCAGCUUUGUUUGUAGCUGUUUUGCAGCUGAUAUUUCCGAAAGCCAGCCCUUCCCCUUGACAAAAACACCUAUUCUCAUCAAGGAUUUUGUACCUGUAAGUUAGGAUAUUACAAAAACCAGAGCUACAUGAGAUAUUGCGACCACGAAUUCGGACUUACCGCAUCAAAAACCCUCGGAAAAGUACACUCUGGCUUCUGGGUAAGAGGGCCGGAUCAUUUUUGUUAACCUGAGUUAGAUAAAACCUUUUUGGAUAUUUUUUUGCCAAUAUUUACACAAUAUUUUAGAUAAAAAAGAUGUUGGGAGUCUAUCGAUAUCUGUUCAGCAUUACGGUAUACGUUAUCGCAAAAAAAUCACAAACUUUGCCUCUUAUAAGCUUGAUCGUAGUUGUUAACGGAUCAGUUCCUAAAAUGGGCAUGAAAAACUGAACUGUUUUAAUAUUUUAUAUUAUUGUUAAGCUUCAAAUGUGUCAGUGAGGAAUAAUAUUUUUGUAAGUAUUAUCAAGCUAUAACAGUGGUCAGUAUACAUUGUACAUAGGAAUAUGGAGGUUUGCCGUAUACACAGUGUUCUGAAACUUGGGAUUUUCUUUUCCCCAUUUCUUGUCUCUUUUUCUGCAUUAUCUAAGUGGUUGUUUAUACAUUUUAACGAAAUUUUUCAAUCGCAGAACGGCCGCAGUCUCAUAAAACUCUGACAAUUAAGCACCAGGAAUUAGGUAUUCUUUACUUCUCUAACUUUGCAUUUGUCUGUGGGAGAAAUCUAAUUCCAUAAUGGCUGGAGAAAUCUUGGGACUUUUAUUCAGAUUUGCUGCUACCAUCCGCUACUAUAGAGAAAGGAUUUUCAAAGAAAUGGCUUCCCAUAAAAAUACCCAUAUUUUCAUAAUAUUUAGUUACAAUUCCAUUUAGUUUCAAAAGAAAUUUCACCGCAAUUCUCGUUAAGAUGUUGAGUAAUUUGCUUUUGAAACUAAGGUCAUCACUUGUGAUAACGUAAAAUAUUAAGUAUUUUUGUUUUAAAAAAUAUUUGUAGCAGUACACUGCGCGGAAAAUGCUGAGUGAGCUAUUUUUAUAGAUGUUGUAUUUCAUACUAUAAUUUGUGUAACAUUUUAUAAUAAAUAUACUAUGUUUUGUAUC